AUGGUCGAGUUUCAGGUCACUCUUGUUGCACUUGGACCCCUGACCAACGUAGCCCUGGCUGCCAAAUUAAACCCCACCUUUCCUUCAAAGCUGAAGGGUUUGUACAUCAUGGGUGGAAACAUGGAAGCCAGAGGGAAUGUGAGAGUCUGCGGCGAGUUCAACUUUGUCACAGACCCAGAAGCGGCUUCCAUGGUGCUGAGCCACUUCACUUGUCCCGUGUACAUCGCCACCUUGGAGUACUGCCUCCGCCAUCAUCUGUCCUGGGACUUUUACAAAAAGUGGGUGAAUCAAGGCAGUGCAAAGGCUCGGUUCAUGAAGAAGAUAUCUGCAUAUACUGCGGACUACAGCCACGAAGGCGAAGGUGGCAAGGCCUUGCUGUUUGGAAGCGGCUUUGUGUGCUGUGAUUCAUUCGCAAUAUCUGCUGCCAUCGAUGACUCGGUGGUGACGGAGCGCGCCCAGUACGGGGUGAGUGUGGAGUUGCACGGUUCACUGACCAGGGGCAUGAUGGUCGUCGACACCCUCGACAUCCUGAAGCUCCCACACAAAGCCACCGUCUUCCUGGAAUGUGACAUGGAGAAGUAUAAGCAGCAGCUGAUUAACGCCCUGAAAUAAGAUGCGGUACGUCCCACACGGAAGAACAUAAAGUGCCAGAUUUACAAUUAUACACGAUGCAAGCGCUUACGCCUAUAAAAUUUAUGUUUCAAUAAAGAGCUAUUAAUACUUUAAAAAUGGGGUAUUCAAUGCUAACAAUAACUCAUUCGGUGUCUGAGACGGGCCGGCAAGAUCAUCAAAGACCCCUCCCACCCUAACCAUGGACUGUUUGUCCUCCUCCCAUCAGGGAGGUGGUACAGGAGCCUCAGGUCUCGUACUAGUAGGAUGAGGAACAGCUUCUACAACAACACUAUCACAUUGCUGAACUCGGAGUCCCGCUGAUAGAUUUGUCCAGUCUCUCCAUCCACAUUGUUUGCUUACUCUGUAUUUUUAUUUCUAUAUGUGUUUGAAGUCAAACUAAACCGGUUGGAAGAUUAACUAUUAAAUCUAAUGGAAAUUUGAUCAUCUUUUUUAAGCAGGAAAUAUUUACACCAACCUUUCCAAUGGAAAUUCAAUGGAAGGUAUGGGAAAAUUGAAUGGUGUUUUACAUUGUUGCUGGAGCAUUUUGUGCCUAUCUUCAGUGUAAACCAGCAUCUGCAGUUCAUUGCAACACUAUUGCGAUGCCGCACUGGUUUCCAGCCUCAUUUCUUGCCACCGUAAAUUUAACUAAAUCCCUGCCAGUGAAGACCCUCCAUCACUCUCUGCUCAAUAAUCCAUGCCCAACAUAUCCUCCUCUCCGCCCACCCCCUCCAGGCUUCAAAGUUCUCUACCUCUGUUGCCUCCUCCAGCCCUGUGACCCGUGAAGACCUUGCGCUUUAGAAGUCUCUUCCUAAGCUCCUCAAACCCCGCGCUCUCUUCCCCUGCAGAGAGAUUAAUGGCAUCUCAUAUCCUGUGUGAUUCAGCCUUUAAUAUGAUUCAUAUGAUAAAUCCGGCCUAUGAAUACAUAUCAUUGUUUAUUAAGAUGCCUAAUUGGAUUUGGAUUCAUUUUGUUGUGAUCAGAGAUUUCAAUUUGAAAGACAUGGUUUGCCUUGAUAUUUCAAGCUGUUAACACUCCACAGGAGAACCAAUACAAGAAAAUAAUAUGCAUUUUA